AUGGAUCGCAACACCCCAACCUCGAAGCGGAGUCCGUCUAUUCUAGUCACGGAUGCGCGAAACAAUCCGCCUGGGAGGUCUGCGCCAUUUGUGCGAAAGCUGGGCAACGUCUCUGUCGACAGAGUUCUUUCGGGCACCAGCGAGGUUCCGUCAGCGCUAGCCCGGCGGUUGGGCCCCAAACUGAGAGUGCCGACGAUGAACCAGCCAAUGCCCACGCGGACGUCUAAAAUGUCGCAGCGACUGGUUUUAAUUCCCGAGGAGGAGUACAGAGACGAGAAGGCGGACGGCUCCGAUCCCACUUUGGGGCACAGAGUGGGUCUUACGUCUGCAGAACAAUUGUCCCGCGAGGAGCGGGCUGGCCAGUACCCGCGGGUAACGUCUUACUUGGUGGCAGAUUUAUUUAAGCUGAAAGAAACCGCUGAUUAUUUGCGAAGAAACCAUUCGGCUCGCAUUCGAAUGUAUGACGAGGCGUUGUUUGUUGAUUAUUUGCUACCGCUUUUGCCAGGGAACGGCGUUCUGGCACGUGUCCAAAGUUCGCUGGGUGACAAUCGCACAAUGGAACGAUUGAUCGAUAUAAGUGAGCAGGGUGACCACCAUUAUGAGUACUUUAGCGAACUGGAGUCCAAUCAGCCCGCCGGCCAUUCGGGAGAACAAAAUGACGACUUCGACCCCAGUGAACCACAAGACUUUAGCCCCCGAGGCAAAUCACCGCCUAGCUUUGGCCGCCAAUCACACCACCGUAAAGAUACCGAACAGAGUGAGCAAAUCAGAAAACAGCAAGAAGAGUCCAAGGUUUCGAGGUAUCUUACCCACGCGGCCAUGUUUGUUUUGAACUACGGGGUCGUAGUAUUUUGGAAUUUCACCGAAUCUCAAGAAAAAGCCAUCCUCGCUGAUCUUAUUCUGCAGAGCCGUGCCCUAGCUGUAAGACCAAUGGAUGUGGACGACGUUGAAACGGAAGAGUUCCAUUUCACAUACGCUGUCAAAGAAUCACGCCCGCGAAUAUUCAACGACAUGAUCACCCUCACAAACAAUAGCCAUAUGAUCAAGCUGGCAAUGACCCAUGCUAUUGCUCAGUCCACCAAGCUAAGUGGAUUUGAAGAGCGAAUGCAAGCUAAAAUGCGGGAUGUCAAGGCGGUUCCAAAAACACUGGCGCUCACCGGCGAACUGGGCAUUAAACGUGAACAAGUUUUGCGAAUCUACGGCACGCUAUUCAAAUUGCGGGUUGACGUCAAUUUGAGCUCUAAUGUGCUUGACACACCGGACAUUUUCUGGGAGAGCGAGCCGUCGCUGGCCCCUGUGUACGCAGCCCUCCGCGAGUACCUGGAAAUUGACCCCCGGAUCCUGGUGCUGAAUGAGCGAUGUAGCGUGUUCUUAGAGAUGACGCAAAUCCUUGCCGACUCGGUUGCUGAAUUCAACAUGGACCGAAUCACGGUGAUUAUUAUUGUGCUUAUUAUUCUUUCAAUUCUCGUGUCUCUCACCGAGAUCGCAGUGCGAUAUUUACUUCUACGAAGGUAUCAUAAAUAG